CUCAAACUUGCCAAUGGGUUUUCUCAGCAAAAUCUCCGAGCUCCAUGAUAGGGCUCGCAGUCGUGAAAAGCUCAAGAAGAACAAGCAAUUACAGACGGUGGAGAUAAAAGUGAAGAUAGACUGCGAAGGCUGCGAGAGAAGAGUGAAGAAAUCGGUGGAAGGCAUGAAGGGAGUGACUAGUGUUGAAGUGGAUCCCAAGCAAAGCAAGCUCACUGUUAUUGGCUACGUGGACCCCAAUAAGCUGCUGCAUCGUGUUAGGCAUCGAACGGGGAAGAAAGCUGAUCUCUGGCCGUAUAUACCGUACGACGUCGUUGAGCAUCCAUACGCCCCUGUGGCUUAUGACAGGAAGGCACCACCAGGGUACGUGAAGAACGUUCUGGCUGACCCUGAAGCUGCUACUCUCGCACGUGCCAGCUCCACCGAGGUCAGGUAUACGACGGCGUUUAGCGACGAAAAUCCAAAUGCUUGUGUGCUUAUGUAAAUCAUGGUAUAAGCGAUUACUUUGGUUUUUUUACCUUCAUCAUUUGUAAAUUUUGGUUGAUCCUAGUAAAUAGUAAACCUUGUAUAAAUUGUGUAACUAUGAGUGGAAUGGUGAAUUUUUUUUUCAUUUUUGUUUGGCUGUAUGUUUAACAAAAUUAAUUAUAUUUACUUAUUCGAG